AUGGAGAUGGACUGUGAUUGCCGAGAUGAGGGGCCGUUCGUAAUGGAGCUUCGAGACAGGCAAGUGGUUCGACUGGUGAACUCCUCCACCCUGCAACCAUCUCCUCUCAUCUUCCGAGCUUACCAAGCCUCACCUCAGCAGCUUGUAAAUAUGAAGGCGGACCCUGCUCUUGAGGCGUUCCACCUGGAAAUCCUCGACGGGGUGCCAGCUGUCGGGUGUCUCAAAUGGGCACCGCAACCGCAGACCUGCCUCAGAAUCCUUCCGAAUCGUUCUGUGGAUCGCAAGGGAGGCCGUGGGCCCUGGGCAACUUUCGCCAUCGCGGCACGCGAUGCCGCGGGGAUUGCACUACGGUCGCUCGGCCACGGCACCGAGCAGCCGGCGUAUCUUGCCGCCAACACGGACAACGGCUUCGUGGCCACGACCUCACUGCAAGACCCAUCCAGCCGCUGGCUCUUCCAGCCUGAGCAUGUGGCAUCACCUUUUGACAGCUUCGACCUCACUGAGCAUGAGUACGACACGUUCGCCCGGGAUGGCUUCGUGAUCGUGAAGGGUGCUGUGCCGAAUGAGCGCGUUGAGGAUGCCCUACGGUGCAUCAACAACUUGCUCGGCAAGGGGCCGGCGGCCUGGGUGGUGGAUCCCGAUGCACCGACUGCACCAGGCGAGGCGCCGACACACAAAUUGCCACCCCUCGGCCACCCGUCGAUCAUGGAGCUCGUGAGCCACACGUGCCUGGGUGCGGCGGUGCAGCGGCUCCUGAGAGGCCUUCCUGUGCAGCCUGGUGCCGGACAACUCGCCGUGCGCUUCCCUGUGACAGACCGGCUGGAGAGCUUUGGCGACGGAGUGCUCACAGAUGCAGCCUACCGGGUGGUGCACAGAGACGACAGCACACAGCAAUUCCACAUAGAUGGCAUGGGUAAAGAAUCUCCCUUGCCGUUUAGCCUUCUGUGCAAGAUCGGCCUGUCGGACCAAACCUCGCAGCAUUGUGGAAACUUUACGAUAUUUCCAGGAUCGCACCGGAACCCAGAUGUAAUUCGCUGGUUUUUCGCCCACCUCUCGGGCAACGAAGGGACUGCGCCGAAGCCACCCAGGCCUGAAGUGGGAGAGCCCCUGCAGGUUCGGCUUGCACCCGGCGACGCAGUGCUGGUGCAUCCCUAUCUGUGCCACCGGGUGGGGACUAACACGUCCCCGAACGUCCGCUACAGUGUGAUCUUUCGAUUCCGCACGAGAGACAUUGCUGAACAUGCCGCAGACCAAGAGGCUCUGGUGCAGAACCCCAUGCUGGACUUUCCUUGGUUCAGUCGUGGUGGAAAUGCCUGUGCAGAGGACGCCGAAGCUCAGAAAGCAAAGCAGCAGAAGACCUCAUCUUGA